UAUAUGCAUACAGUAUCCAGUAUAUCUACUGAUCAACUGUGAGGGUAAAUUGAUGCCCGUGGUAUCGGCUGGUAACCAUAACACAAUCCUCAGAGACUUCAGCCUCCAUACAGACCCGGAUCGGGAAAGUUGCUGACCAUGCCUUCACGCACACAAAAGAGAACUAUCAUCCUUGCCUUUGUCCUUGUCGCCAGUAUGCUGGUAAUAUUAAAUAAAAGUCAAAUAUCUGAUUUUCACAAAAACUCAGCUUCGGUGCAGGAAGUAUUGCAUUACGUGCUUCAGAAGAAGACGUUCCUUAUGUGGCCAAACAUGAAUCCGAUACCGGAAACAAUUACUCUAAAGACGUUGCCACUGGAUCGACUGUCAGAUCUAUAUUACAGCUAUGUCAACACACUGCAGGUGUUUUGUCCCGUAAAGAGAGUUUACGGAGGAGUGAAAUUUGGGUGGUACACAUGUGAUCUCAUCAAGGACGAGUCUCCUAAAGCAUGUGUAUCAUAUAUGAUUGCUGACAAGGACAUCAACAACGCCUUUUUCGAAGAGCUCAGACAGGACUACCAAUGUGAGAGAAACGUGAUACUGAAAAGUACAAUUACAGCCGCUCAAAACGCCUCCUCCAUAGAAAAUAAUUAUCCAGUGUCAAUGCUGAAAUCAAAGGUCAAAGUGGAUUACAUGGCGAUCGACACUGGGGGAGACGAGACGGCAUUGUUGUCCUGGAUGUUAACAAAUAGCCUACUGGAGAACGUUAGACAGCUGCUGGUUAGCUUCCACGGAAUCGACGCUGAUAGUAAACAGUCCGUUUACUUGGAACACCUACAGGUCCUGCGAAAACUGUAUUCUGAGGGUUUUAGGACAUUCCACUUUGCAAGAAAUAUUCAAUGUGUUUUUAAGGGGAACUCGAGAAGAACUGGCUGCUAUACACUGUACAUGAUGCGACAGGUAUCAGUGAAGGGUCCUUUAGAAGUGUACACACAAGACAGUAUAAAAAAUCAACCGCUCAACCGAUUGGCUACGUUGUAUAACAGUUUAUUGGUGUCAUCUCAAGUGCACUGUAAGCAGGUGGUCCGUUUAGGGAAAGUGGAUGACGGAGGAUGGGAUGUGUGUAACGACACUGAGUACAGACCCACAUCACCGUGUCUCGUGUACUCGUUCGGAGUGGCCGGAGACUGGUCAUUUGAUGAUCAAGUGUCGACGGUUUAUGGGUGUGAUGUUCAUUCUUUUGACCCAAGUAUUGGAAAGCCAGAUCAUAAACGAUCAGAAAAAAUCACAUUCCACAAUUUGGGGUUGUGGGGCAGACCAAAGGGAAAGAAAGGGAAAUGGAACAUGAUGAAUCUGAAGGGAAUCAUAGAGAUGCUCGGACACACUGAGAGAAUCAUUGAUAUCAUUAAAAUGGACAUAGAAGCAUCAGAGUGGGAAGCUAUUCCCGAUAUGCUGGCCACUGGGGUGCUUAAGAACGUCAGACAACUCGACUUUGAAUUUCAUGGUAGCCCUAAUCCCAGCGAAAGCCUGCGAUCGAAGCUGACAUCACUACGAGGCAUUAACGAUCAAGGUUUCAAACUGUACUGGUCUCAUCCUAAUAUAAAGGGAGGCAAUCCAACAAAACUCAGUGUGACAGGGAGACAGGUUAGCAGCUGCUAUGAAAACUACUAUUUGAACACAAAACUAAGUAAGAAUAAAGUCUAAUUAUGUGUACAUAGUUUUAACACUUUGACAAAAACCGAUUCGUUGUUCUGGCCAAUAGUACACUAAAGUAACACAUAGUACCUAUGUUUUAUUUCAGCAAAAGUGUAAAGACUUAUUUUGGAUGUAUUGAAUAAAAAUAACAACGAUUGGCAACUUAAAAAAGAUAGCGGCAAAAUAUUAAUACAAAAUUAUAUUUGGAACUUUUAUGUUUAAAAACAGUAACGUUCAUCCAAAACUUUAUUUGUCAUGUGUUUAAUCUAAUGUGUUACAAAGUAAUUAAUGUUUUAUGGUGAGUUAAUGGGGUGAUACAAAGUAAGUCACAUCCUUAAUGUUUAAUGGUGAGUUUAUGAAGUGAUAGCAAGUAACCUGCAUCCUUAAUGUUUAAUGGUGAGUUACUAGACUGAUACAAAUUAACUCGCAUCCUUAAUGUUUAAUGAUGAGUUAAUGGAGUGAUACAAAGUAACUUGCAUCCUUAAUACUUAACGGUGAGUUACUAGAGUGAAACAAAGUAAGUCACAGCCUUAAUGUUUAAUGGUGAGUUAAUGCAGUGAUACAAAGUAACUUGCAUCCAUAAUGUUUAAUGGUGAGUUAAUGGAAUGAUACGAAGUAACUUGCAUCCUUAAUGUUUAAUGGUGAGUUAAUGGAGUGAAACAAAAUAAGUCACAUCCUUAAUGUUUAAUGGUGAGUUAAUGGAGUGAUACAAAGUAAGUCACAUCCUUAAUGUUUAAUGGUGAGUUUAUGAAGUGAUAGCAAGUAACCUGCAUCCUUAAUGUUUAAUGGUGAGUUACUAGACUGAUACAAAUUAGCUCGCAUCCUUAAUGUUUAAUGGUGAGUUAAUGGAGUGAUACAAAGUAAGUCACAUUCUUCAUGUGUAAUGGUGAGUUAAUGGAGUGAUACAAAGUAACUCACAUCCUUAAUGUUUAAUGGUGAGUUAAUGGAGUGAUACAAAGUAACUCACAUCCUUAAUGUUUAAUGGUGAGUUAAUGGAGUGAUACAAAGUAAGUCACAUCCUUAAUGUUAAAUGGUGAGUUAAUGGAGCGAUACAAAGUAACUUGCAUCCUUAAUGUUUGAUGGUGAGUUAAUGGAGUGAUACAAAGUAACUUGCAUCCUUAAUGUUUGAUGGUGAGUUAAUGGAGUGAUACAAAGUAACGUCACAUUCCUUAAUGAUUUAAUGGUGAGUUAAUGGAGUGAUACAAAGUAACUCACAUCCUUAAUGUUUAAUGUUGAGUCAAUGGAGUGAUACAAAGUAUGUUUGUAGAAUAUAAUUUGAUCAAUUUGCUUAAAACGUGAAAUUUUGGUUAGAUUUUUGGUGUCAUUAAUCAACGUAUAUGUUUUAUUGCUUUGUACAUAUUCAUGCUAUUGGUAGAGUGAACUGUAUCACAAACAAACGCUUUGAAUUCUUAAAGGAUUUCGAUAGUACAUUUGCUCUCUACAUAGUUUGUCAUAUUUAACAUAUUUUUAUUGCAUUUAUUUAAACAGAAAAAAGAAAUAUAGACAGGAUAUAUAAGCAUACGCAUACAUUAUACUAACUUGACUCGGUCUCAGCGGUAGUCUUUUCAGUCGCAUCCUAGGUAUCAAAACAUCAGGGCCUUAGCGACGGAACAUUGUAGGAGGCAGUUUGGUUUUAGAUCUACUGUACACUGUAUUUAACUGCCCAUUUGUUAUUGAAAGGUGCUUAACUUUUCUUAGUUUUGUUCAAACGUUGGUAAAGUAAGCUAGGGUGCGGUAUUCUUCAUAGUGCAGAACACACAUUGUUGCUCACUACUACAGUACGUAGAACAGUUUUUUUUUUAUAUAAAUCGAUAUAUCUGGUGAAUAAAAUCAAUCAGGUUAAACAUGGUUGUUUGUCCCAACGAAGCAACAGGACUUACCAGGGGUUGCCUAAUCCUAUAGAUAUGAUAGUUUAUAUUUUGUUAUUGUAGGCAGAAAAGGAGGUGUCUAAGCAUUCAAUAACCUAUAACUUUCUUUCUACCGUUGUUGCAGUUUAUUUGAUAUUUUGUUUCCAACAUUGAAUAAAACGUUUUGUUAAUAUUCCUAUUUUCCAAUGUUUUCAAGCGAAAAAGUUGUAUAGUUAAAGGAAAUUAGUACCAUAAUAACAUGUAAUACUUUUUCUAUAUAAAUUUUCCACGUAGAAUUUCCAUUCGGGUUGGUUUUCUCUUAAAGAUACUAGCCUACAACUUUUUUUUUAUAUUACUAAAAGAUGACGUAAUGGAUUCAUUUGAUAUAAAGGCAUUUUGUACUGAAUAUACCUGUACAUUUUCCAACCUUUUAAUGGGGGUACGGGCGCUUGUGGUCUAUUCAUCACCGAGCUAUUGCCAGACACAUUUUACUUGACCAACAAAAAAUUUGUUAUAUCCUGCAAGGCGUCAAUAUGUUUGCUUUGCUGCCUCAUCCCCUUGAUUUCUGAUAUAUCCGGUAAAAUAUCGGCAUAGUGAACUAUGAUUUUUUGUUCAUCAUUUUGAAACGCUUUUCAACUGUAUAUCGUAACAUGACGUUUCCGUCAUUCAUACUAUCAUUUUUGCUCGGUGAUGUUCUUUUGUUUUUACCGGUUUAUAUAUAUAUAUAUUUCAUAGACGUUACAAUCAUGCCAUGUAAUCGCACUUUCUAGAGAGGAAUUUUGAUUCAGCAUUCCUUUAAAGCUAUUGACCUUUGCUUUUACAUACGGAUAUUGUAAAUUUGGCCUAAUUUUCAUUUAAUUCGUGAUUCAACCAUUAAUUUUUUGAUAUUUUACCUACUUUUCAUGACAGGUAGUUUUGAUUUCCUAGGGUCGAAUUCCUUUUACAUGAUUAAAAGUGAUGUUUCUCACUUUUUUUUAGUAUUUCAGGGUUAUCUUACCUCCUCAGCUCCGUUCAAUGGCUUGUGAUCGGUUAUAUCAUGGCAAGUAAUCGUGCUUUCUUAUUGUUAUUCUGAUUUGACAAUGUUCUGGUUAUUUCUAUAUUUUUGAAGCUUCAGCGUGCGGUACUUUUGUUUCUGUGUUACAAUAGUUUCAUUACUUUGAUGAUUAAAUUGUAAGUCUGAUUUUACCUGAAUCAUUAACCAUUAAUGCCAUACCCAGGUUGUUUGUGGCUAAUAGCAAACUAGACUAGCUGGUAGGAAAAUGUUUAUAUAGAAGCCGAAUGUUUUAACUUGAAAUUAUAAAUGUUUGCCUGUAAUUCUGACUGUUUGAAGAUUUUAACAGGAAUACGUGGGUAAUAUAUUCAAUGACUUAACCAGGCGUUUUCAGGAUAUGACCAAUGCUUGUUGGAUUAGAUUUCCUGUAUAUUCCUUAAUAAAUGUAAAUAAGGUUUUUUAUUCAUAUGAUUCCACUUUCUAAAUUUGCCCAAAAUGCCAGACAUGUGGGAUGUUCACAAGGAGCACCGAUGUAUACCAUGGGUAUACAUAUUGUUUCUCGCCGAUAGGUAUAACUGAUAGUGGUCUGCGUUAUGUUACCCAAUAAAAAAAGAAUUAACGUGAUACUUUGUAAAACCAUCCUACAAGUGUCAGCAUGUUUUAUUCCUUCAGUUUUUAACAUUGUAUUUGAAAUAAAAUCAGUUCCUUGUUCAUGGAAAUAUGUAAUUAAAAGAUAUUGUGUUUGUUCAUAUUAAAUGUUUUAAAUGUUAAUAAAUUCUGGAAUUGU